GCAUAUUCCUUAUCAAAAUUACAACAACACGAAUGGUAUUUUUUUGGUUCUUAUCGAAACUGUGCUGGGGUUACUCGAGAUUUUAAAAAUUCAUUGCAAAUUGCCAGUGCGAGUAACAUUGUCAGGAGAUACAGACCAGUACACUCUGUUGUCGGUUCCAAUUUUAAUUGAGAAAUUUACCAAAUUUUUCCUAUAAAAAAUGGUGUUGUGCAAUGCAUUUGGUUUAUCGUGCCGUGUCAUGGUACUUGCUCGUAACAAUGUGUUGAGAUCGAUGCACUUGGAAAAGAAGCGCUUUUUGAGUGUGUCACAUGCACUGUUGAAAGAACGACUAUAUACAGAAAAGCACGAAUGGGUACUUGUUGACGGAGAAACCGGAACGGUGGGAAUCUCAAGCUACGCUCAGGAAGCGCUUGGUGACAUCGUAUUUGCACAGUUACCAACGGUUGGUCAAUCCUUGAAACAGCAUGAAGAAUGUGGAGCACUGGAAAGUGUGAAGGCGGCCAGUGAAUUGUAUUCGCCCAUAUCUGGAUCGGUUGUGGAGAAGAACGAUGCUGUCGAGAACACACCGUCACUAGUCAAUACGUCAUGCUAUGAGGAUGGAUGGUUGUUCAGAGUAAAAAUUACGAAACGCGACGAACUGACCUCAUUGAUGGACGAAAAAACCUACGAACAAUACUUGCAAAAGGCCGAUCAUUAAGUUAGUUCAUCAAUUUAAUUUAUUUUUUAUUUUAGAUUGUUUUUAUGAAAAACGUUCAAGUGCUAAUCGGUGAUCCAGAAUUUUUUCUUUCUUUUUCUCUUUUGUAAAAAUGCUUAGAUUUAAUCGAAACUCGAAUCGUGUAUUUGCCGCUUUUUUUGGUGAGGAACACACGCAGUUUUGUUUUCAAUAAAAAAAAAUCAGAUCAUGUUUUAA